UGCAAGUCAAGCUGGAUGUAUUUAUACAGUAAACGGAUUGGAGGUCAGGGAGAGAAAGGGAAAAUAGAUCACAUCAAAAUCAGCGAAACUGUGAAUCGAAGACUGUCAUAUAGAUAACGUCCUAAUAUUCAUAAUAUCCCGGUCUGCAGCAACCGGAGUCAACGAGCCUAAAAUGCCCCAGCUGGUGACCUCUGACAUGUAAAUGGCGUCUAAAGUGAGAGAUGCUGUGGUGUGGUACCAGAAGAAGAUUGGCGCUUAUGACCAACAGAUAUGGGAGAAGUCUGUUGAACAAAGAGAAAUCAAGGGCCUGAGGAACAAGCCGAAGAAGACAGGCCAUGUGAAAGCAGACCUCAUUGAUGUGGACCUAGUGAGAGGUUCUGCUUUUGCCAAGGCCAAGCCCGAGUCUCCCUGGACGUCUCUGACCAGGAAGGGUCUUGUCAGGGUGGUGUUUUUCCCCUUCUUCUUCAGAUGGUGGAUCCAGGUCACCUCCAGAGCCAUCUUCCUCCUCCUCCUCCUCCUCUACCUGCUUCAAGUGGCUGCUGCAGCGUUAUUCUUCACCAUUCCCCAGCCCCACAGUAUCCCGACCACAGAGGUGUUUGGGGCGAUAUGGCUGAUGCUGUUACUGGGGACAGUGCACUGCCAGAUCGUCUCCACACGCACCCCCAAACCCACCAGCAGCAGCAGCUCUGGCAAGAGAAGAAGGCGUCUAAGGAAGGCAGCUCACUUGGAUGUUCAUAGGGAAGGAGAUGGCUCUAGCACCACUGAUAACACCCGGGAGGGCGGCCCACACUGCCACGGUGCCGCCACCGGCUCACCUUACAGCCUGUGCAUCGCUCUCUUCAGAGAUUUCUGGCAUGCUAUCUGUAAAGCGCGGUCGAAGAAGUCCAAGCUGUCCAUAGACAAGUCCACAGAGACAGAUAAUGGCUAUGUGUCUCUGGAUGGGAGGAUAACCUGUAAGAGUAGUGAGGAGGGGCUACAGCUCCAUGAUGGAGGGUCUCACCACUGUGACCUGCUGCUGAGGUCAGACGAGACGUGUUGGGCCGCACCCCCUCCUCUCAACACACUGCUGCUGCCCCCUGUCGCCAAGGUAAACAACAAGGAGACCCAGAGCCGUGGUGUGGGUGUGGAGAACAUGUCUGAUGAGGCGUCUAGUGAGGAGGAUCCUGAAGCGUCCUACACCGCCAUCCGUAGGGGCGUAGAGCGCGUCAGCAGCGACUGCACGCUGCGCAACAGGAAACCACAGCACUACAAGAAACACUACGCCAUCAACACUGAGGUGGGUGACCUCCACACUACCCAGGAGACUCCUAAGUCCGGUACCAGCUGUAGUUCUCGGUGCUCCAGCCUGCGGACCCAGGACUCAGAGAGCACCAGACACGAGUCCGAGACAGAGGACCUGCUGUGGGAGGACUUCCUGCACUGUGCUGAGUGUCGCUCCUCGUGCACCAGCGAGACAGAGGGAGAGGGAGCUGCAGUCUGCUCUGCUACCAAGAAAGAGUACAGAGAUGACCCCUUUCACCAGGGUCAUACGUGGCUACACAGCACCAACCCAGGUCUGGAGCGGGUCAGCGCCAUCGUCUGGGAGGGGAACGACUGUAAGAAGGCUGACAUGUCUGUCCUGGAGAUCAGCGGUAUGAUCAUGAACAGGGUCAACCUGUACACCCCAGGUAUUGGCUACCAGGUCUUUGGUAACCUGGUGUCAGUGACUCUGGGCCUGACGCCCUUCGCCUACAGGCUGUCUCAGUACAAGGACCUGGAACAGCUGACGCAGCUCUCAGCCAAUGAGCUCAUCUCUGUGGCGUUCGGCUCCUCCUCCGACGUCAUGGUGAUCACCAUGGUAACGCUCAGCUUCAUGGUGCGCGUCUGUCUCAUCUGGCUCUUCUUCUUCCUGCUCAGCGUGGCCGAGAGGACAUACAAACAGAGGCUGCUAUUCGCCAAGCUGUUUGGUCACCUGACGUCGGCACGGCGAGCCAGGAAGUCAGAGGUGCCUCACUUCCGUCUGAAGAAAGUCCAGAACAUUAAGAUGUGGCUCUCUCUGCGCUCAUAUCUCAAGAGAAGGGGUCCUCAGCGGUCGGUGGAUGUUAUCGUGUCCUCUGCCUUCCUCCUCACCCUCUCCGUAGUCUUCAUCUGCUGUGCUCAGGUCAGCUUGCUCCAUAUCCACCACACCUUCCUGGAGUGUCACUAUAACUGGGAGCUGGUGAUCUGGUGUUCCUCUCUGUCUCUCUUCCUGCUCCGCUUUGUUACCCUGGGCUCAGAGACCAGCAAGAAGUACAGCAACACCUCCAUCUUACUGACAGAACAGGUAGACAGGCUCAGAGACCAGCAAGAAGUACAGCAACACCUCCAUCUUACUGACAGAACAGGUAGACAGGCAAGAAGAGACCACUGA